UUUUACGAACCUUUUGGUAAAAUCGCUCCAGGAAUUUAAAUGUAUGUUACCUACUAUGAUGUUCGGUAUUGCUAUGCCUGCAAAAGCAAAUAUCAUUAUUAAUAGUUACAAUCUCACAUAUCUAAAUAAUUAUGUCGACUUCUACUUACUUAAAGCUACGGACCCUACUGGAUGUAUGUAUAAAAAGCAUCAAGACGAAAUGGACAUUAUGAUGCUGCCAAAUGCUAUAGUAGGGAAAUACACAAUUAAAUAACGUAUUUCAUUGGUCCCAUGUUUUUAGGGGGCGGAAAAUUAAUUCAAAUAUUACCAUAAAUGGGUAUUACACAUCAAUAAAAGUGAUA